CGUGGCCUCUAACUGAGAAGAACUUUUGGGUCAACGGCGCUUGUUUUACACGGAACAGGAACCAAUUCCUCCGGAUUCUCGAAACCUUAGGCUGGUUUCGUCAAAACCUCCAGAACUGUGCUCGCUGUCGUUCUCCCCCAGCACCCCUAUAAAUCCAACACGCUCCCUCUCUAUUCCCCCACCAGCAAGUCCUCCAUUUUCAGUCUUCACUUCAUCAGCCUCAAGAUAUAUAGCAAGACUUCAUCCAUCCUUCAAUGGGCGCGGUCAAAGAUCAGGGAGAAACACCGACGGAGUGCCAAUUCCAACACGGCGUGAAGCAUCUUCACGAGAGUGGCCUCAAAAGACUUCCCACCAAGUACAUACUGCCCAUCCAAGACCGGCCGAGAUCUGAGCCCACUGAGCCGAGCCUGAAGCUCCCUGUCGUCGACCUCGAGCAGCUGCGGGGCCCCUCCCGUCGGGAGGCCGUCGCCUCCAUCGCCAACGCGUGCGAGAGGUACGGCUUCUUCCAGGUGGUCAACCACGGGGUCACAAGGGGUGUGGCAGAGGGCAUGGUGGAUGCAGGGCGGAGAUUCUUUGGGAUGCCCUUCGAGGAGAGGGCCAAGUACAUGUCGGCGGACAUGUUCGCGCCGGUCCGCUGCGGGACGAGCUUCAACCAGCGGAAGGACAACGUGUUUAGCUGGAGGGAUUUCCUGAAGCUGACGUGUGAGCCCAUGCCGGACGUCCUUGCGCACUGGCCUGCUUCCCCUGCUGACCUGAGGAAAGUGGCGGCUACCUACGCGGAAGAGACCCGAGACUUGUUUCUGGUGCUGAUGGAGGCCAUCUUGGAAGGCCUACAUGGGUCGAAUACAGAGGAGAGCAAGAAGAUGAAAACAGAAGAAGGAGAUGACGUUGAUGACGAUGAUUAUGAGGAUAUCUUGGAGAAGUUCAAAAAUGGCAGCCAGCUCAUGGUGGUGAACUGCUUCCCUCCAUGCCCGGAGCCUGAUCUGACCCUCGGGAUGCCACCGCACUCCGACUACGGCUUCCUCACCCUACUCCUCCAAGAUGAAGUCGAAGGCCUGCAGAUUCAGUUCCAGGAGAACUGGGUCACCGUGGAGCCCAUCGAGAACGGGUUCGUCGUCAACGUGGGUGACCAUUUGGAGAUUUUCAGCAACGGAAAGUACAAGAGUGUUCUGCACAGAGUCAUCGUGAAUUCUGAGAGAUCUCGAAUGUCAGUGGCUUCCUUGCAUAGCCUUCCUGGCAAGUGUAUGGUGAGGCCCUCACCGAAGCUCAUCAACAAAACUAACCCGCGGCGCUACAAGGACACCAACUUCGGGAGCUUUCUCAAGUACGUAUCGUCUCGCGAGCCUAAGAAGAAGAAUUUCUUGGAGACCCAAAAGGUGACCUUGGAAAAUAUAGAAGAGAAUCCCUAGUAGACAAAACUUAAAAGGAAAUUGUGUGUACUUUGACUUUUUGUAGCAUCAAUUAUUUGGUAUUGAUUGGCAUAGAAUUAAUGUCAUUACUUUCUUCAGCUUCUUCA